AAAAAAUUAAAACUGAUUUAUUUGUUUUAUUUUUGUUAACCUGUUUUCCUUUCGCCUCUCCCUUCGCCACUUGCGAAACCGGCGAUGCCCACCAGUUCGAUAAUCUACCACGGUCUUGGUUGCCGCCUACGAUCGCCUUCGACCCUCCGCCUAGCUAGCAGCGCCGGCAACCGUGGAAUUUUCUUCCUCCGCUGCUUCUGCUCGAGCAAUCCGGUUCCUCGCACGAAUUAUCGUAAGUACGAGAGAAACCCUACCAAAUACUGGGAGGACUUCUAUAAGCGGCACCAUGACAAGUUCUUUAAAGAUCGGCACUACCUGGAGAAGGAUUGGGGACGAUUUUUCUGCCCGUCAAGUGAUAGCGAGCACAAAUCUGUAGAACCGAAGAUGGUCCUAGAGGUUGGUUGUGGAGUUGGAAACACUCUUUUCCCACUUCUAGUUUCAUUUCCAAAUGUUUUUGUACAUGCCUGUGAUUUUUCUCCUCAUGCUGUUGCACUAGUAAAGGAAAAUGGAGCUUUUGCAUCUGAUCGACUAAACACUUUUGUUUGCGAUGUGACAAAGGAUGAACUGUCUAAGACAAUUCUUCCAUCAUCAGUAGAUAUUGUUACCAUGAUCUUUAUGCUGUCUGCUGUUUCUCCCAUGAAUAUGCCUGCAGUAUUACAAAAUGUUAGAACCAUCAUCAAGCCAAAUGGCUAUGUGCUUUUUCGGGACUAUGCCGUUGGAGAUUUUGCACAGGUCAAACUUGCAAAUAAAGGCCAGAUGAUUAGCGAGAAUUUCUUCGUCAGAGUCAUAAAUUUUCACGAAGAUAUGAUGUCAUGUUUUCAGUGCGCUUUCUACUUCUCUGAGGACAAACUUUCAGACUUAUUUGAAAGCAAUGGUUUCAGAAAUCUAGACAUGAAUGUGUACUGCAAGGAGAUUGUAAACCGCUCUCAAAAUGUUGUCAUGGACCGGAGAUGGGUGAGGGCUACAUUUUGCUGUGUUGAACAACCUGAUUAACCACAUGGUGCCACUGCAACCAUCUUCUGGUUCGUUCAAAUCUUCCAGAGUGAACUGGGCUAUGGGUUCGAGAAAUUUUGUAGAACUUUGUUCACCAAUUGAAAGUUUGGAUCUUUCAUUUUGCGAUACAUUCCAUUUCAUUCUGUUAACACUAGUCUUGGUGGUUAUGCCGAUACAAAAUAGCAAGUCAGCUAGCUUUGUUGGUUUCCGCGAACAUCACCAUCCAUGCUCAUUUGAGGACCUUAAAAAUGCAGAACGUUCUACAAUUUCAGAUUUUGUUACCCAGCUAGUUGCUAAUUUAUGUAUCUUUUUAUUUACCUGUAUUUUUUUUAAUCAAAAGUGACUACAGUCUCUAUGGGAGAGAAAAUGUUCCCUAAAAGAUGGAAAUAAAGGGGAAAAAUGUACUUUGGCUAUUUAUCAUUAAUAGUUGGUGAUCAUCAGAUAAUGUCCUUCAAUGUC